CGAUCUCGAAAAUCCAUGUUUGCGUCCAUGGGUCCGGUUUUUUUUCGGUACUUACUGCAAUCGGUCUCAUUUAUUUGCUUGGCAUGUUUAAUACAUAGGAGUCAAACUUCCCGAGUUCUGGUGGGCAAGAAUCUUGUAAGUAGUCUAUUUGCGUCAGCAAGCAAUGAGAUUGAGG